AUUUCCAGCCAGUACAGAGCUGGGGGUUGGGGGCACACACCAUGGAGUUCGAAGGGAAGAAAGGGAGAAAGGGCUUUGUGUCUCCUAUCCGCCGGCUGGUAUUCCCUAAGACAGGGCGUAGGUCGGCUGGGAGAAGUCCUGUGAGCCGACGGCCCCUCCACUCUGUGCCCCUGUACCCCCCGGACUACCUCAUUGACCCCCAGAUUCUGCUCUGUGACUACCUAGAAAAGGAAGUAAAGUUUCUAGGACACUUAACCUGGGUCACCUCCUCCCUGAACCCCUCUAGCCGGGAUGAACUCCUGCAGCUGUUGGACACUGCACGGCAGCUGAAAGAGCUGCCCCUGAAGAGCACCCUGGAGCAGGACAGCAUCCUCAGCCUGUCCGCGAGGUGCCUGCUCCUCACAUGGAGGGACAAUGAGGAGCUGAUCCUGCGCAUACCCACGCACGAGAUCGCGGCUGCUUCCUACCUGCAGGACGAUGCGCUCCACCUGCUAGUGCUCAAGACGGGGCUGGGUGUGGAUCCAGUGCCUGCUGGCCUGGAUGUGUGCCCCGGUGGCAGGCGGGAGCCUGGAGUGGCUGGCAUGACCCCUGAGAAGAGGUCAACAGGCAGCGGUCCUGAACCUAGACCGCCUUCAAGUGGUGUGGAGCGACGCCACACCAUCUGCAGCCUGGACUGGAGGAUGGCAUGGGGGGGCACCGAGGGCCGGGCCACUGGUGGUGGUGGGGGGGGGGGCAGCUUGGAACGACAGCAAGGUGCUGGUGAGAAGAAAGCUGUGGGCCGGGCUUUUGGGAGCUGGGAACGGCGCCAGACAUUCAGUGGCAGCUGGGAGCGGCGGCAGGGGGGCAAGCCUGGGGGCAGCUGGGAGUGGCGGCAGGGGGGCAAGCCUGGGGGCAGCUGGGAGCGGCGGCAGACCUUCAGUGGCGGCAGCUGGGAGCGCCGACAACCUGGUCUCAACCCCCUGGACCCUCAGGAUCCUAGCCCUGAUGCCUACUGCAACCUCAUCAUCCUGGCAGUUGCCAAUAGGGAUGCAGCCGAAGAAUACUGUGCUCUCAUCUGCCAGGUCUUCCAGAUCAUCUAUGGAGAUCAGACCAUUGAGUGUGUGGAUCGGGCUGGCUACCACUACACCUCUACCCCUGAACGGCCCUGGCUUAUCAGCCGCAGUGAGUGCUGGGUCAGAGGCAGCUUUACCUCGGUGAGAGCUGCCGCACAGAUGGGACCUAUGGCUAUGAUGCUGAUUUCAGUUGCUGCAGCUCUUUGUAGUAAUGGCUCCCAUGACACCUUCGAAGCUUAUUAUAGUGGGACAUCCACACCCUCCUUCCAGGGAUCUCACUGCAGUGAAAGCGAUGGCAGCAGCCUGGGUCUGGAGCAGUUACAGGACUAUAUGGUGACGUUGCGGAACAAGCUAUCACCACCCGAGAUCCAGCAGUUUGCUCUGCUGCUGCGAGAAUACAGGCUGGGGCUGUCUGUGCAGGAGUACUGUGGGCAUCUUCUUCGGCUCUAUGGGGACAAGAGGAAGUUCCUUCUUCUGGGGAUGAGGCCCUUUAUCCCAGACCAGGACAUCGGCUACUUUGAAGGCUUCCUGGAGGGUGUGGGCAUCCGAGAGGGCGGCAUCCUCACUGACAGCUUUGGCCGGAUCAAGCGAAGCAUGAGCUCCACGUCAGCCUCUGCUGUGCGCAGCUAUGACAGUCGAGCUCCCCGCCCAGAAGCCGAGGCCUUCAAUCGUAUUCUCACUGGCAUCACCCAUGACAUUGAGGCCCUGGCACAAGAGGGAGAGGAGGAGGGCAGCGAGGAUGAGGAGGGCUUGGGGAGAGCCGAGGAAGGAGAGGACAACUACCUGUGAGAACCCCGCCCCCAACCACACAUAGUGGGAGCGGUAUAGAGGGCAUAGACAGUGUAGCUACGACAAAAGUGUAUCUGGAAUGUGGGGUAAAGAGGCCUGGGAGAUUUUCACUGGGUCAGGUUUGAUGGAGUAUAAUGAAAAGACCAUUAGAUUUGGAGUCAGAGGGCCUUGAUCUGAAGUUACUACAUAGUGACCUUGGGGAAGUAACCUAACCCCUCUGGGCCUCAUUUUUCUUAUCUGUGAAAUGGGGGAUUUGGACUAGAUCAGGGGUUCUUAACCAGGGGUCCAUGGACAGGGUCCAUGAAUAAAUUUCAGAGGGGUCCAUGAACUUGGAUGGGAAAAGAAAUUAUAUCUUUAUUUUUAUUAACCUUUAGUUUCCUUUGUAAUCCUAUGGAUUCUGUUUUAUGCAUUUAAAAACACUGUUCAGAAAAGGGGUCCACGGGUUUUACCAAACUGCCAAAGGGGUCCAAUAGACACAAAAUGGUUAAGAAUCUCUGUGAUACAUGGCCUCUAAGGUCCUAUUCAGCUCUAAAUAUUGUGAUAUAUAUACUCAGAGAAGGAAGAUGCUCAAUUGAAAGCAUUUAAAAAUAUUCCCAGAACCUGAAGUGGGGGUAGGGGGAGGGUUAGUGAAGGGAUGGGGACCUCAAUAAAAGAGAUAUGGGAUUAAUUUCUGAGGAAGUAGAGGAAGCAAAUGCCUCAGGGGACUCCUGAAUCUAGCCCUGACAAGGGAACAAGAACACUGUGGCUGGCCCCUGUCCCAGGGACGGCAAGCUAAUCACCUACCCAGCCCUUUUCUAGUUUAGGGACACAGUGCCUCUGCAGUACUGGGUUCUGCCAGCAGGGGGUUUAUGGCUCUGGUCCUUGGUGAUUCAUGGUUUUUUAGAGGAACUACCCUCACGUGGGUUCUCAGCAGCCCAGCCUGAUACUGUCCCUUUGGUGGGGAGGGGAGAAAAGAGGACUCCUUAAGAAAACCCUCUUAGUUCCCAGUUUGCAUCAGCUUUGGUGCUCCAAGAGGGCAGCUGGAAAAGAGGGAUGGUACCCUGUCUUGUCAGACUGAACAACAAGAUAGGAGCUACCAGAGGGAACAUUAAAUAACCCUUGGGCAGCGCCAGACUGAAUAGGGCCCAGGACAACUCUCUACUCUUCCCAAUAGGAAGAUGAACUAUGGAAAAACCUGCAGGACUUUAAAGGAUCCAUUACUUUAUCAGUGUAGGUGUUCUUUCCCCUGAUACAAACCCUGAUUCUUUCAAACCUUUGGAUCUGGGUUCAGGAGUUGCUGUGGUCCAAAGAACCAUCCUCUGGUGGCCAGUCCUCAGAAAAUGAGACUCUCUGAGUUUAACAAGGCUGAACAACAGAUGCAUCUUGGGGCCCCAGAGACCUUUCCAACUUUCUAGGACCCACCAGAGCUUAUAUUCUUGAUGCUCAGGGUCUUCAUGGGGUCACAAGAAGUUUCUAAAGGAGGACAUCCAUAGAGGAUGGGGAAUAACCUGGUGUUAAUAAAAACUAAAAGGCCUUUUCA